AGCACACUGGGUCCACCUCCAGGGCACAGGCUGUAGCUCAUUCCGACCACUGCUUCUCUCCCAGGAAUCGUUUUCAGGGGGGGUCUUCAGGUUUUUUGGGGGAGCCACCUUCACUCUCAAGUUUAAGCAACACAAAAUGGCACCUAAGAAGGACGUUAAGAAACCAGCAGCAGCACCAGCACCAGCACCCGCACCAGCACCCGCGCCAGCGCCCGCUAAACCCAAAGAACCAGCAAUCGAUCUCAAGAGCAUCAAGAUCGAGUUCUCCAAGGAGCAGCAGGAUGACUUCAAAGAGGCCUUCCUCCUCUUUGACAAGACAGGUGAUGCCAAGAUUACCCUGAGCCAGGUCGGUGACAUCGUUCGGGCACUGGGACAGAACCCCACAAAUGCUGAGAUGAACAAGAUCCUGGGCAACCCCAGCAAAGAGGAGAUGAACGCCAAGAAAAUUACCUUUGAAGAGUUCCUGCCCAUGCUGCAAGCAGCUGCUAACAACAAGGAUCAGGGUACCUUUGAAGACUUUGUUGAAGGUCUGCGUGUUUUUGACAAGGAAGGCAAUGGCACAGUGAUGGGGGCUGAACUCCGCCAUGUACUGGCCACGCUGGGUGAGAAGAUGACAGAAGAGGAAGUAGAUGAACUGAUGAAAGGUCAGGAAGACUCCAACGGCUGCAUCAACUACGAGGCAUUUGUAAAGCACAUCAUGUCUGUCUAAGUGGACACCCCCAGAUAACAAACGAACAAGCCCAAUUCAGAAAGACCAGACGGCUCCUGAGAUCUGCCUGAGUGAAAUUCUUGCUCUGGCAGUUAUCAUCAACAUGGAAAUUGAAAGGACUGGACAAUAUGCCUCCAAACCCUCUACUUUUUUUUAUUAUUUUUACCAGUGCAUCUGCAGGCAUUGCCUCUGGGUCACUUCCAAAAACUGAACUUUCUCCAAGGAGAGUUGGAUGGAAAAUCUGCUACCAUCCAGCAUUCACAAAUCCCAAGCAUCUCUUUCCAUGUUGUUUCCCAUGAAAGAAUGUAAACAUUUGGAAAAAUAAAGCAUCAAUAAAUCCCUGUUGUCACUUC